AUUGUGGCUGUGAUGACAACAGCAGGUGGCGUAAGAUCCAUGACUGCGAUGUACGGCAGCCUAUUAGCUCUCCAGAAGCUGAAUCUCUUAGACUGUAUUUCAUACACCGCUGGUUUAUCUGGCACAACAUGGACCAUGAUAAAUUUAUAUGAAGAUGCCAAUUGGUCUCAAAAAGAUUUGGAAGCGCAUAUCAGUGAUGCUCGGAAACAUGUCAUGAAAAACAAGCUUUCCUGUUUUUCUCGGAGGCACUUAACAUACUAUGAAAAGGAAAUCUGUCAGAGGCACCGAGAUGGAUAUAAGCUCUCUUUUAUAGAUCUCUGGGGGCUCAUUAUUGAAUCCAUGUUUAAUGAUGAGCCCAAUCAUCACAAGCUCUCAGAUCAACGACAGGCUGUGAAUCUGGGUCAGAACCCACUUCCCAUCUACCUUGCUCUCAAUGUCAAAGAAAGAUACAGCACUCUAGAUUUUAAAGAGUGGGUGGAAUUUACUCCCUAUGAAGCAGGCUUCUUGAAAUAUGGAGCUUUCAUUAAUGUGGAACAUUUUGGAAGUGAGUUCUACAUGGGCCACUUGACAAAGAAGCUGCCGGAAUCUGAGCUCUGUUACAUGCAAGGCAUGUUGAGUAAUAUAUAUUCCCAGAGUUUGCUGGAUGCAUUGUAUUUAGCUGACUGUUCAGAAGACUUCUGGCACAGGUGGACAAGAGACAGAGUGGUGGAUAUUGAAGAUGGUACUCUGCCCAGCAUGCUUCACCGGCCAGAUGUGCAGCCAACAUGCCUCUUCACCCCCAGCGGAAGCCUCACCGCUGUGCUUAGAGAUGUUGUAACAAUGCGGCCAAUUGUUGCAGAAUAUGGCAAUUUCAUGAGGGGCCUCCAAGUCAACGAUAAAUACUUGGAGAAUGACAGGUUUUCAGUGUGGAAAGAUACUGUACUAGAUAAUUUCCCCAACAAGUUGAAUGAAACACCAGAAUAUUUGGAACUGACGGACACAGCUUUUUUCAUCAAUACCAGCUGCCCACCGCUUCUGAGGCCAGAGAGGAAAGUGGACCUUAUUUUGCAUUUAAAUUAUAGUGGAGGAUCACAGACAUUGCCAUUGGAUCUAGCUACAAAAUACUAUGAGGAGCAGGGCAUUCCAUUUCCCAAGGCUGUGCUGACAGAUGAAGACAGGAAGCAUCUCAAGGAAUGCUACCUCUUCGACAAAGCAGAGAGUCCAAAGGCUCCCAUAUUGCUGUAUUUCCCCCUGGUAUGCGAUACCUUCCAAAAAUACAAAGCUCCUGGUGUAGAACGCAGUCCUAGUGAGAUGGAGGAAGGCCAAGUUGAUGUCAGCAGCACUGUAUUUACCCCAUUUGCUACUGGCGCGCUGCAGUAUUCAGAGGCUAAUUUCAACAAGCUGUUAAAUUUGAGCAACUACAAUAUCCUCAAUAAUCAACAUAUGAUUCUUCAGGCUCUGCGUACAACAGUACAACGAAAGAAGCAGCAGAAGCAACAGUCUCUAUGACUCUCUUCUUAACCCUCUCCAAAUGUAUUUUCUGCAUUUUCUGCCACUUGCCAGUAUUACAGAAAUGGGAACUUGCUAAUUAUUAUUUGUGAUUUAUGUGCCCCAAGUGUACCAAGGUGCUUUGUUAUUUUGUUUGGAUACAAAUAUGGUAGGAAA